AUGGCAGCUAUUUCUGGACAUGCUAUUAGUCCUAAAAAUUAUCCGGGAAUCCACCAAAAUCGAGAAAAAGAUUCAUGGAGCUGUAACAAAACUGAAGGAAGAAUUAAAAACGAUAAUACGAAACGAAGCUGCGAAUCAAAUAUAACUAGAGAUGAGAAGAAUGGAUUAGACUUACACAAGAAAGGAACAAAAUUAAGUGAAGAAAACAAAGUCGAGAACGACACCAAACUUCGGCCGUGUUUGCUGCUAUGA